CAACCAAAAAUCGCCACAUGUCCAAUUGCCUUCUUCUCCAAAUAAAAAUGAGCGUCGAAACCACGCUACGGCCACAAGCCGGCUCCUAUAUACAUAUGAAGUACAAUCCUCGCAAGCAUCAAAAACCAGAGAUCAGACUCCAUAAAUCAACUCAGUUAAACGGGAGCAAUGCAGUCAUUGCAAGAGAAAGCCUCCGAGUGGAGUGGAGUUGACUCUGCUGACGCGUUUGCUAUUGACAACACUAACUUGUUUCAAAAGCUUGGCCUUCAAACUUUCAUCAACCUCUCCACAAAUUUUUAUAACAGCGUUUAUGAUGAUGAAGAAGAGUGGUUUAGAUCCAUAUUUGUGAAUUCUAAGAAAGAAGAAGCCAUUCAGAAUCAGUAUGAGUUUUUUGUGCAGAGAAUGGGAGGGCCUCCUUUGUAUUCUCAACGGAAAGGUCAUCCUGCUCUAAUUGGACGCCAUCGACCAUUUCCUGUCACACACCAAGCUGCAGAGAGGUGGUUACAUCACAUGCAGAAGGCAGUGGACAGCACCUCAGAUAUCGACGAAGACUCAAAAAUCAAAAUGAUGAACUUUUUCAGGCACACCGCAUUCUUUCUCGUGGCUGGAGAUGAAUUGAAGAAUCAAAAUGGGCGUGUUCCUUAUAAGCAUGGCGCCAGCAAAUGAGCUGCUGUGUAAAGAAAGGAUUCAUCGUGACAAAACAAUGGAGAUACCAAUUCUUUUCAAAGCUCUUGACGAUAUCACAGCUGUCCAAAGGCAAAACUUUCCUACAGUAUUUAUCAAUAAAUUUGGGCAUUUGCAGUUACAUUUAUUCGUGUUCUGAUGCAAAUGCAAAACUUUAGUGAACUUCAUGUAGUUUUUCAUUAGCUUUGCUGUAAUAGAAGAGUUAAGACUGUAAUCUAGACUCUCUGAAACUCGGAACAGACGGAACUCAGAACUCGGAACUCGGGAUACAAAGGGAACCAAGUUUUGAUUGAUGUAUUAGAAAAUCUUCUAAUUCGCCAAAA